GUUGACAAGCAGAGCCGACUGUUGUAGGUCUGUUAUUAGCCUCCGUUAGCCUCCAGUUCGGAUAGCGGCUCAUCUCAACUGUGUCAGCCGGGUCAUAGCUCACAGCAGCGGGGCACAGCUGGAGAAGAGGCCCGUUCAGAAGGCAGGAGCAGGCGGAGAACCGGCUAGCUGCAGUGAAUGGGUCGGGUCGUUGAAUCCUUUCUGAAAGGAUGAACACGAAGGGAGGAGUCACUGCUCUGGCCCGUCGGAACUACAGGCUGGCCUCUGACGGUGACAAACCCAGAACCACAGGUAUCGUUAAUGAGAAGCUGCUGAGCGACUACCUGCACCAGGUGUUUCCUUCAACCAAACAGGGUCCAGUUGUCGCCGCCCUCAGGAAGUCUCUGAGUUUCCAGGAGCUCAGCGCUCACCUGGAGAACCUUCUGUCUGAAGGAGAACCACCUGAGGACUGCACAGAUGAGUCUGUUGAUCAUCGUCUUGGUCCUCAGCCCAUAGUUCUGGACCACACCAGUGGCUUCGAAGGACUUCUUUUCGUAGAUGAUGACCUGCUGGGGGUGAUUGGCCACAGCAACUUCAGCUCCAUCAGAGCCACCACAUGUGUUUAUAAAGGGAAAUGGGCCUACGAGGUUCUGAUCUCAUCUCAGGGUCUGAUGCAGAUUGGCUGGUGUACUCUCAGCUGCCGCUUCAAUCAGGAGGAGGGAGUCGGAGACACUCCAGACUCGUAUGCUUACGAUGGAAACAGGGUCAGAAAGUGGAACAUAACCACUACCAACUAUGGAAAGUCAUGGGCAGCAGGAGACGUGGUGAGCUGUCUGAUCGAUCUGGAUGAAGGAACCAUCACCUUCUGCCUGAAUGGGCAGUCCCUGGGUAUGGCCUUCACCAACAUAAAGACGGGUCCCGGUGUGGCAUAUUUUCCUGCCAUCAGCUUGUCCUUCAAAGAGUCGGUGGCCUUUAACUUCGGCAGCAGGCCGCUCAGGUAUCCUGUGGAAGGAUACCGCCCCCUCCAGGACCCUCCCACUGCAGACCUGAAGAAGGCUCACAAACUACUGGGUUACAUCAAGAAUGUCCUGUCCACCUCCAUGGACACCCAGGAGGACAAGCUGGUGGAGGAUGACUCUGCAGUUUGGAGGCUUCAUGGGGAUCCAACGGUUCUCAUCACCCUGGCUCACAUCUUCAACCACUUUGCUCCUCUGAUGUGUAAGGUGUACCUGGUGGAGGAUGUCCUGAUGAACUUCCUGUUGGGGAUUCUGGAGGGAGGGGGCUCUGUGGAUGAACACCCCCUGAUCCAGCAGCUCUUGGACCUGUUCUGGCUGCUGAUGGAGGAACACGAGGUGAACGAGUGUCUGAAGCAGCUGAUGAUGUCUCUGCUGAGGGCGUACCGGUUCUCCCCCAUCAUCCCAGACCUGGGCUUCCAGAUUCACUAUCUGAGGCUGACCACGGCCAUCCUCCGCCACGAGAAGUCCAGGAAGUAUUUGCUCAACAACGUCUUGUUUGAUGUUCUACGUUCUGUCGUGUUCUUCUACAUCAAGACCCCUCUGAGGGUGAAGGAGGCGGGGCUUGAGGAGCUCAUCCCCACCACCUGGUGGCCCACGCACUUUGACAAGGAGGGUAAAGAUGAGCGCGAACCCAAAGAUGAAAGUUCUGACGAGCGUCUGAGGCGGCGGGCGUACGAGCGAGGCUGCCAGAGGCUGAAGAAGAGGAUCGAAGUGGUGGAGGAGCUGCAGGUCCAGAUCCUGAGGCUGCUGCUCAACAACAAGGACAAAACCACGGGAGAAGCUUCGCGCUACAUCUUCCUCAACAAGUUCAGGAAGUUCCUGCAGGAGAACGCCAGCAACCGAGGGCACCCCACAGCUCUGUGUCCUCCAGAGUACAUGGUGUGUUUUCUGCACCGUCUCCUGACGGCGGUGAGGAGCUGCUGGGACGAAGGCAGCAGGAAGAGUCCGGGCAGCCUCAGCAGUGAAGGGGCCUACGUCCCCCCGCAGCUCUUCUACAACGGGAAGGUGGACUUCUUUGACCUGCAGAGACUGGGGGGGCUCCUGUCCCACCUGAAGAAGACUCUGAAGGAUGACCUGGCCAGUAAAGCCAACAUCAUCAUCGACCCGGCUGAGAUUCAGAACACCUCUAUGGACGACCUGGACGAGAACGAGGAGAGCGGAGCCGCACAGAGGCCUUUUGGAGCUGCAGCCAUGGGAGCGGCUCUGGCCCGACCCAGCUGGCUGAGUUCUCCCACUUUGGGUCGGGCCAACCGGUUCUUGAGCACGGCCGCCGUCAGCCUGACGACACCGAGACGACCCCUGUCCCAGCCCGAGAAGGUGAAGGUCCGAACCCUGGCUGUGGAGCAGCGUACCGAGGAGGACAUCGAAGGAAGCCUCGGUACCGACGGCCUGUUGCUGGGCCGACCGCAGGAAGAACCGGAUCAGACGGUCGCAGACAAGUCUUUACUGGAGAUCCUGGACGGGAUCGUGAUGAUGUACAACCUGAGCGUCCAUCAGCAGCUGGGCAAGAUGGUGGUGGUGGCAGAUGAAGUCCAUGAAUAUGCCGUGGCUCUGAAGGACACGGAGGAGAAGAUCGCUCGAUGUCCUGCCAGACGUGCUGACAUCCUGGACGAGCUCCAGAAGAGUCAGAAGGUCUUUGCAGAGAAGCUGAACCACCUGAGCCGCAGACUGGCCUGGAUCAAUGCCACCAUCUACUCCAAGGAGAAGAUGCUGGAUGUUUACUGGCUGCUGUGUGUAUGCAUUCGCACCAUCGAACAUGCCGACAACACUGGCUCCCUGUUUGCCUUCACCCCGGAGUUCUAUUUGAACGUGGCCAUGAACGCGUACAGCGCCCUGAAGAACUACUUUGGCCCUGCCAACAGCAUGGAGGAGCUGCCAGGCUACGAGGAAACGCUGACGCAGCUUGCAGCUAUCCUUGCCAAGCACUUUGCAGACCCUCGCAUCGUUGGAACAGAUAUCAAAGACUCUCUGAUGCAGGCACUAGCCAGCUACGUCUGUUACCCACAAUCCCUCAGGGCAGUGGAGAGGAUCCCAGAGGAGCAGCGAGUGGCAAUGAUGAGGAACCUUCUGGCUCCGUACGAGCAAAGACCCUGGGCUCAGACCAACUGGAUCCUGGUCCGACUGUGGAGGGGCUGUGGUUUUGGCUACAGAUACACUCGUCUUCCUCACCUGCUGAAAACCAAACCUGAGGACGCCAACUUGCCCAGCCUGCAGAAGCCGUGUCCAUCCUUGAUGCUCCAGAGACACAUGGCGGAGCUGCUGAGACUGGACAAAGACAUGGCGGCCUCGUUCCUGAACAGCGUCCUGAACCAGUUGAACUGGGCCUUCUCCGAGUUCAUCGGGAUGAUCCAGGAGAUCCAGCAGGCAGCAGAACGUCCUGAGAGGAACUUUGUGGACACUCGUCAGCUGAAGGUGUGUGCCACGUGCUUCGACCUGUCCGUCAGCCUGCUGCGGGUUCUGGAGAUGACCGUCACUCUGGUACCGGAGAUCUUCCUGGACUGGUCCCGUCCGUCAGCGGAGCUGCUGCUGAGGCGACUCGCUCAGCUCCUGAACCAGGUGCUGAACCGAGUCACGGCUGAGAAGAACCUCUUUGAUCGGGUUGUCAACCUGAGGCUGCCAGGCUUGGAGAGUGUGGACCACUACCCGAUCCUUGUGGCUGUUACUGGAAUCCUGGUCCGGAUCCUGGUGGACGGAGAGAAACUGGGGACGUCCCGCGCCGCCUCCGUCCUCCUGUCUGACCCCUGCUUCCAGCUGCACUCCAUCCAGCACCUCCUGGGGGAACCAGCAGACUCCUCUGGAUCUCUAGCUGCCUCCUCUUGUCCUGCAGUCGGGUCUUUGGGUUCCUCCCUGGUUCCUCCGGUUCCUUCAGCUGGGAACUCCUCAGAACGGAAACACUUCUCCCUGCAUGCAUAUACAGAUUACAUCAGUGAAGAGGAGAAGCAGAAGGUGGAGGAGAUGCUGGCGUUCCUCACCGAGGAGUCCAAACAGGCUGCAGCCUCCACCGCUCCGACCAGUGAGGAGGACCUCUGUCCGAUCUGCUACGCUCACUCCAUCUCGGCCAUCUUCAGGCCCUGCUCACACAAGUCCUGCAAAGCCUGCAUCAACCAACAUCUGAUGAACAACAAGGACUGUUUCUUCUGCAAGGCCACCAUCACCGGGGUGGAGGACUACAGCAAGCCCACCUCCUCCUAACACACACCUGUCACACACCUGACACACACCUGUCACACACCUGACACAUGACACACACCUGACACACA